CUUUCAUUGUUCCAUGGAAGCAUCAAGCUCUAUAAAUACAGUUGCGGACUGUGUUUGGUAUCUCAGUUGUCCAAUCUCUGUUAGAAUGUUUUCCUCAGUCUGCUUCCUUCUCACUUUGGCACUGGCUUACACCAAUGCUGGCAAAGAACAAAUUGUUGCUGGCAAAGAACAAAUUGUUGCUGGCAAACCAGCUAAGCCUUGUCAGUUUCCAUCAAUUGUCCAUCUACUCUUCGAUACCCAUGAUGGCACUUAUGCCUGUGGUGGCACACUUUUGAGCAACAGACAUGUUCUAACUGCUUCACAUUGCUUUGCUAAAGGAACACACACAAUUAGAGUCCGAAUUGGAGAUAUUGAUGUAGAGAACUCUAACGUUUUGACCAUCAAUGCUAAUUCAUGGGCUAUGCAUCCUAGCUUCACCGAUACCCCCAUGCGUAACGAUGUCGCUGUACUCCAUCUGGAAAGUCCUGUCACUUUCUCUAACUGUAUAAAAGCAUCACCUUUACCACCCGCUAAUACGGUUUAUGACAAUAGGAAGUGCAUUGCUGCUGGAUGGGGUGCCGUUGGAGCUGGAAAACAUGGACCCUCAACUCUUCAUCAUGUUGCUAUGUCUGUCAUCAGUCAUGAGAAAUGCAAACAGAAGAUGUCCUAUGCUAAUCUGCAAAAACAACAUCUCUGUGCAGGAGAUUUUGUUGAUGGUGGACCAAGCACUUGUGUGGGAGAUUCUGGUGGCCCAUUGUACUGUCCUGACCGUGGUAACAUGGUGGUUGCUGGUAUUACAUCUUUUGGGUAUGGGUGUGAUGUAGAUGCUGCUAUCUUCACUGAUGUUUCAUACUUCCGUAAGUGGAUCUUAGAAGCCAUGGAAAUGCUUGAAUAAACAGAUUUGAUCUUUAAA